UUGUCGCCGGGGGACUAUGUGGUGCAUGUGGAGCAUGGCAUCGGCAGGUUCUCGGGGACGGUGCGGGGCGUGAAGCUGACGCCGGCUCCCGUGCUGUCUCCCGUGAUAUGGCGAGACGACCGCGAGUAUCUUGCGAUCGAGUAUGCGAAUGACGACAAGCUGUAUGUGCCGCUGGAGCAUCUUGACAGGGUUGCGCCGUACAUCGCGCCGAUGGACAGGCCGCCGAGCCUGACGCGAUUAGGGACGCAGGAGUGGCGGCGGGCGAAAGCGCGGGCUGAACGCUCGACUAUGGAGAUGGCGUCGGAACUGCUGGCGCUGUAUGCGGCGCGUGAGCUUGCGGAGGGGCAUUCGUUUGUGCCGGACGCGCAGUGGCAGUCGGAACUGGAGGAGUCGUUCCCGUUCGAGGAGACGCCGGACCAGCGCAGGACUAUCGAGGAAGUGAAGGCUGAUAUGGAGUCGCCGAAGCCGAUGGACCGGCUGGUGUGCGGCGAUGUGGGGUACGGGAAGACGGAGAUUGCGCUGCGGGCGGCGUUCAAGGCGGUGAUGGACGGAAAGCAGGUGGCGGUGCUGGUGCCGACGACGGUUCUGGCGCAGCAGCAUUAUGCGACAUUCUCGCAGCGAUUGAGCGCGUUUCCCACGCGGGUGGAGGUGCUGAGCCGAUUUCGGACGCCGCAGGAGCAGCGCAGCGUGGUGGACCGGCUUGCGGACGGGCAGGUGGAUAUCUGCAUCGGGACGCACCGGCUGAUACAGAGGGAUGUGCGGUUCAAGGAGCUUGGGCUGGUCAUCGUGGACGAGGAGCAGCGGUUCGGGGUGGCGCACAAGGAGCGUCUGAAGCGUAUGCGGUCAGAGGUGGAUGUGCUGACGCUGACGGCGACGCCGAUUCCGCGCAGCCUGCACAUGGCGCUGGCGGGCGUGCGGGAUAUGAGCACGAUGGAGACGCCGCCGGAGGAGCGGCUGCCCAUCAAGACUUAUGUGUCGGAGAUGAGCGACGCGCUGAUACGGGAGGCGAUACUAAGGGAGAUCGACCGGCAGGGGCAGGUGUAUUUCCUGCAUAACAGGGUCUAUAACAUUGAUUACAUGGCGCGGCAUCUGAGCCGGCUGGUGCCUGAGGCGCGCGUGGGCGUGGGGCACGGGCAGAUGAACGAGGGCGAGCUUGAGGAUGUGAUGGUGGAGUUCGCGGAGGGGAAGCUGGAUGUGCUGGUGUGCACGACUAUCAUCGAGUCGGGGCUGGAUAUUCCGAAUGUGAACACGCUGAUCAUCAACCGGGCGGAUACGCUGGGGCUGUCGCAGCUGUACCAGCUUUGCGGGGGCGCGUGGGCCGGAGCGCGCGGCGGGCGUACUGCUACCUGA